AUGGCGCUACCGCUGCGCGUCUCGCGGCCCCCUCUUCCCUUCCGCCGCUCGUCGCCCGAGCAUUCCCCACCGCUCCCUCCGCGCUCGCCGCUUCCUCCUCUACUACGCCUGACCGCUGCGCGCACCACAGCGCCUGCCGCCCUCCGCACAGCGCUCCCCCCAGCCACAUCGCCGGCCGCCCCGCCUCGCUCCGUCCGCCGACCCACGGCGUGCCAGUCUGCGGCGGAAGCGGCUGGGCUGGCGUCGCGCAGGGCAGGGCUACAUAUGGAUGGCGCAUCGCUCGCCGGGCGGCGUGACAUGGCAGCUAGCGGAGCACAGCAAGCGGCGGUGGGAGGAGAUGGCGGGCGGGCUGGAGGCAGACCACCGCCGCCUCACAGGCUGCUCCCAGGGGCUGGGACGCGUGCACACAGGCAAGGGCUGAGAGGGAGCAAACCAUGGGUUGGGCACAUGGGAGACGAGAGGAGCACGUUAGCACCCCCCCUUUAUAUUCCCCUUUCCCCUGCCUCUUGCCAUCUCCCUGCCUCUCUGCGUCUACCUGUCUCGUCCCAUGCCCCGCCAGGCAGCAUGUUGGUGCCAUCACAGCCGUCCCACACAGCCCCACUGGAGCACCACCACCGAGCACUGCAGCAGGCAGGGCUGUCCGCGCACCUGCUGUCCGCUGCUGCUCUGAGGGAUGUGGAGCCGGCACUGCAGGUGCCUGCUGGGUGCUCGUCCGCACUGCUGCUGCCCUCCGACUGGCAGCUCGAUGCUCGCCUUGCCAUGCACGCCCUGCUCGCUCGCUGUCGCCACCAUACCGCAUCACGGCGCUACGUGGAGCUGUUUGAGGAGAGCGCCACCUCCUUCCUCCGGGCGGCAGGAGCCAGCAGGGUGGUGGGAGUGGAGACGGUUCAGCGGAGGGUGGUGGCAGCGCAGGCAGUGGUGGUGGCCACGGGCACGUGGUCGUCUGGCUUCAUCGCCCACGCCCUGCUCCACAGCACCCUUCCCUCCGCCACCGCCGAGCAAGCCUCUCAGCCUGAGGAUAGUCCCAAGGAGGGUACUUGGGGCAACCCGGGCAGCAGCGCAGCAGGCAGCAGGGGUGGCGGCAGGGAGCAGGAUCCGGUGGUGCCUCACGUGCGGCCUCGCAAGGGCUUCCUGCUGCAGCUCACGGACGUGCCCCCCGCGCUCUCGCUGCGCCAUGCCCUCAUGGAGUUUGACUACACCGCCAACUAUGCCGCGCCCACCACGGCUGCCACCAUGCAGCCGUCCUCCUCGUCUCCUGCCGCACCUGCCGCCAUCUCCAUGACUGCCACGUGCGACCACCUCGGCCACCUGCUCAUCGGCAGCAGCAGGGAGUUGGCGGGUUUCAGUGUGGAGCCGCAUGCGCCCACCAUCGCUGCCAUUCUGCGCCGCACCGCCCUCUUCCUGCCCUCCCUCGCACACCUGCUGCUGCCAUGCCACAGGGAGGGGGUGACGGGAGAGCAGCACAAGGGGCAGGCGGUGCAGCAAGCAGAGGACGAGGCGAUAGCUGCUCGGGUGAAUGUUGUUCGCACGGGGCUGCGUCCAUACGCACCGGAUGGGAGGCCUCUGAUUGGCCCUGUGGACUCGCUACCAGGUGUUCUCUUCGCAUUAGGCCAUGAAGGGUCAGGCCUGUUGAUGGCUCCAGGCACAGCUGACAUGAUAAUGGCAUAUCUGGGCCGAGGCACCAUGCCUGUGGCCGCCCAUCCCUUCCUCCCUCAGGGGCGGCUUCUCACACUCCAACGGUUGCAGCACAUGCAUCCUUGA